UCCCCGCACAGUCUGUACUGCACAGAGAGACCGGCGGUGGUUCAAGUUUGCUGCGCGUAAAAACAAACAAACAAAACAAAAAACAAAAAACAACGAGGGGUUGAAACCGGCUGACCGUUUGUGCCAAAACAACCCCAAACACUUGAAUUAACCCGCCUUCCGUCGUCGCCCUCCUCCGCAGCUCGAUCCUACCUGUUGACAAGCCGCUAACACCGACCUGAUCUACCAUUUCUCUUUUUUUCCUUCACUGGGAGGGAUUCAGUCAAACCAGGGGGAGAUAAAAUCGGCACUAAAGCAGCGAUAAAGCUGCUGUCAGCUGCACAGCAAACAACCGGCGAGGUCCAAGUCACUUUUACGCGUCUGGAAGUGAAACAAGUGUGUCUUUUUGUUCCGCGUUUCUUCUGGUGAUCUGUAUCCGGAUUUGGCACUUCAUCAUGAACUGGAGAAGUUGUAUAUCUUGACGUUUAAAUCGGAUCGUGUGUUCCAGCCUUCAGAAAUGCCCCAACACAACAUGGAAAACUCCAGGAGCCAGUGGCAGCAGGGUCUGCGGCCGCCGUGGAUCACCAGAGUGGCUGGAGGUCAGAGUCCCGCCUCCUCAGGGGCCGAGUCAGAUACAGAAAGCAGCAGCACGGAGAGCGAGAAGUCCUGCAUUAAAAAGCUAGAUGUGGGCUCACUGAAGGUGCUGGCAUCGCCCUCAAUGCUCCAAAAGCGAAUUACGGAGAUCGACCAACAAAAGGAGGAACUUAAGAUUGAGCUGCAGCUGGAGAUCGCCCUGCUGCAAGGAGAGCUGCAGACGGAGAAGAACCAGCUGCACAGGCAAACGCUGAAGCUGCAGGCUCUGCAGCAGGAGGCCAGACAGAAAGACAAGCACAAACACAACAACAAACAAAAGGAGCGAGACAGUCUGGAGGAGGAGAGAUGGAGGGUGGAGGAGUUGAAGAGGAGGUGUGAGGAGAAAGAAAAACUGAUCCCCAGUCAGCCAGAAAGUCAGAGAGAACAGCUAACAGUACAGCUGCAGCAGGAGAAGGAAGCAAUGGAGGCGGCAGUUCGGGCUUUUGAAGACUGGGAGUUUCGCGUUCUGGAGCGAGAAAGCGGCAUCGAUGAUGAAGAUGAAAGCACAGCGGAUAAAGGGAAGGACAGAGAGGGUGAUGCAGAGAUGGAGAAAGAUAUCUCAUGUCAGCAGCAUGUGGUCAAUACUGCUCAGGAGCGAGUCCAGCAGUUGGAGAAACAGCUGAAGGAGAUGGAGAGGGAGAAGGAGAGGGAGCUGAAUGCCCUGAGGAAAGAGAAGAGAGAACUCGUCCACACAACUCAGACGGUUCUCAAAGAGAAGAAGCCGCUCGCUGAUUGGUCGAACAUCACCGGCUCAGCUCCCUGCAUGAUGUCACUUUCUCCUUUGACCAUUCACAAGCCUCCUCAGGAACCAUGCAAAGAAACAACCAGUUUGCCCAGAAGAAGGAGCUCACAUCGCAACAACAGAUUCAACGACAGGCCGCUCUCAGCACAGGGGUUGGUGAGGAUGCUUCCUGACAGCCAGGUCCCUGAGGGUUUCACUUCCCCCCUUACCUCCCAUCGGCUUAGCAACGGUCACAGCAACGGUCACAGCAGCGCUCACAGACCUGGGACCAGCAACGGUGCCGGGCUGCUCACUCCGUGCAACAGUGCAACAAGCUCUCGCGCUGCCAGCCCGAGCCUUUUGGAUCUCGUGGAAAUCGAGAAGAAACUGAGGGAAGCCAAGGCAGAGAGAGAAAGGUUGCUCAGAGAGAGGGAAGAGCGACGGCGGUUACUGUUAGAGGAGAGAAGACAAAGGGAGAUAAACUCAUCCAGAACAGAACCACCAGAACCAGAGACCCUGCAGAAGCCAGAGCCAGAGCCACAACCAAUAGAGCAACCAAAGGCCAUUUCUUCCCCAAACUCCUCAGAGCAGCGCAGCCUUCCCCUCUUCCUCUCGGCAAACUUUGACCUGCGGGCCCAUGUGGAGGCUCUGGGUCACGGCGUGGCCGGCUGCACGGACCUGCGGCUCACGUCUCGACGCUGUGCGGGUUUCUUGACCAAACGAGGGGGAAGGGUCAAAACCUGGAAGAAGAGGUGGUUUCUGUUUGACACGGACCACCGACGACUAGCCUACUAUACAGACUGUGAUGAGAGGAAAUUAAAGGGAGUUAUCUAUUUCCAGGCCAUAGAAGAAGUUUACUACGACCAUCUACGAACAGCUACCUCUUCACCACGGCCCACUCUGACGUUCUGUGUGAAGACAUACGACCGUCUUUUCUUUUUGGUGGCUACCAAUGCAGUGUCCAUGCGGAUCUGGAUGGAUGUUAUUGUCACGGCAACAGACGAGCACAGCCGUUAUUGACCUUAAUGCAUAUGUGACUGCAAAAUCUAUGAGUGAAGCGACAGAGCAGACCCAGCAGUGGGUUCUUUUUCCACUUUUCUGCUGUAAGAGGGGCUGGUUUGGCUGAGGAUCCGCCUCGAGGGGCUCAUUCCAUACCUGGACUCUUGAAUGUGAAUAAACUGCGUGAGGUGCAGAGGGUGGAAGUGCACAAACACAGUGGAGGAAGCUGUUACUGACAGAACGAUUCACCAGCUGCAAACCAGCGGCCUGCACUCUGGCCUUCUGUUACUGGGAGGUUUUUACUCUCUGAGCCCGACCUCCCCCUGCUGGUUACAGUCCAGGAUUACAGGACUUUUGUACACUACACAACGAUACACUACAACAGGGGGUGGACACAAUAAUAGCAAUACCUACACUGUGUCUGUAUUCAGUUAAGACAGAUUGUACAUUAAAUUUUCAAGAUUAUUUAUUAUAUUUGGAAAUUUCUGUGGGUUUGAUUUACAAAUAAAUGAAGAUAUACACUGUUA